AUGACAACUGUAUCACCUAAGUCAGCCGAUGAACAGAGAUCUAACGUCAUCGAAGGCGACUCAAAAUCGAGAACCGGUCAUUUAAAAACUAAUCAAGCUGCAUACAUCUUUGAGAAAGACAAAUAUACCGAACCAAUUGCAGACAAAUAUACCGAACCAAUUGCAGACAAAACCAAAGAUGAAAUAAAAUCAGAUGACGAUACUGACAGAUCAGUUGAUGGCAGCAUCAAUAAAGUAUUUGAUGUAUGCAUCGUCAUCAUAUCGUUCGUCCUCGACGUUGUGUUUAUCGACAGCAAAUGGUAUGAAUCGAGGAAGGACGCCACCACCAUCCUGGUUUUACUUAUGCCCUGGAGAGUUGUGCGCAUUGUUAACAGUUUCCUGAUGACGAUCAACCACAAGCAUCACAUAGAAAUGCUGACCCUGAGGCGGGCAAAGAAGAGGGUCGACCUUAAGCUGAAAAAACUGCGACAUCUCAUGCUAGAAAUGCGGCGCGAUAUUGAUUUGCUUAUCGGGCUUGCCAAACAGCAUGGGGCGACAGAACCGGAAAUCGUCAAUUGUAUUUACGGGCAAGGUCGCGGAACAAAAUCCCUUGCGGCAAUCACCGGCCUGGCUUCCCUUAUGUUCAUCAGCACACUGGGUAAAGAGCCCAACGCUCCCAUCGACCCCAACGAGAACAAUUACAUGUACAACAUGCUCAUCAAGGAAAUACUAAGCGACGAAGAGGACGCGGAUAACUCGGAUCCCUUUACGAUGGACACUACCGAUACUAAAUUGGAAUGCGAAGAGGCAGGAAUCUGCAUGGAAGAAAAGGACAUUCGACCACAGCACGUUAAGGAAAUCAGGGAAGUAAAGAAGAUUCGCCGGCGCGUGACGUUACCAAGACGACACAGAAGUUGUAGCGAUGAUGAAAAAGCGGUGUAUUACAUUAAUGACGGAUAUGACGUUACAUAUGACGUCGAAAAUACCGAAAAGGAAGGAACUACAGGCCAGUUUUCACGACGAGAUAAUAAUUCUGUUAAAAGCAUGCCGUACUUUGAAACUACCCAAGACGGAAAAUCGAUUUUGACGUUUGAAUUCACAACGCAGGUUUCGUAUUUGUGAAUCAGAAAAAUGCUUCAGAAGUUUCGCUGAACUUUGCUUGCAAAUUCCCGGUGGACCAAGUUGACUGCAUAAAAUCGUUGCCACGAUCAACGUCCACGUUACCGCAGUUUAAUGAUUUAGUCAUGUCAUGGCCUACACAGAAAACCCAAAAUAGUCAUCGUUAAUGAUCGUUAUUUAAUGUCACGUGAAUAUAAAGGCCACAUGUGGCAUCAGAUAAGGAUGGAGCUGUUUAAAGCUGGCCUCAGUCUAAGAUUUGUAGUAGCAAUUUGAAUAGUAUUUGGGUCCGCUAUUGAUAUAUAAAGUGUGUGUACAGCUGCCAGCGUGUUCUUUUAAUGCACAGGGGAAACCCGGUAAUUAAACAGCACUAAAGGCUUCGGUUCUUAAAUUAAGUUUGGUUUUGCUUGGUACUUGUAGUUUUUGUCACUAAUAUGAUCACACUGUGCUCAUUGUCAGAUUUCGUGAUCGCCUUUUGUUCGGCGUUCGUCGUCCGUCCGUUGUUCGUAAAAAGUUUCGCUCGAACGAUAUUGCAUCAUAAACCGCUUAGUUGCUUUUAACCAAAUUGCACAGGAUUUAUCCUCGGGUGACCCUGUUUCCUAAGUUGUCUGUAUAGUUCCGGUGGGCUUCAUAUGAUGGUCACAAGUUUUGAAAGAGAUUAGAAAAUAUGCUAACAAUCUUUCCACAGAAAGCGCAAGGCUGAAUGCUGAUAUAUAUGGAACGUGAAAUUUUGUUGUCGUCUCUUAUUAAGCCUGUCCAAAUUAAAAGCGAUCAUCUUUCCUUGUGCAGGUAUGAAAACUACAUGUCUCACAUGUCCAGUAUUUGCUAAAGAAUGUAUUAAUGUGGCCCUCUGAAAAUAUUCUUGAAACUAUGCUCCCGAAGCCGUUGACAUAUUUGUAUGUGGUAACGUACAUAACAUCAUGAUGGGCUUCUGGGCUUCUAAAAUGUUUCUCAUUAUGGCCUUAUGUGAAAAAGGCCGUACCCCGCUUACGGGAUCAUUUGCUCUUGUUGAUCUCACUACGUAUUAUUAAAUGACUUUAACCAUUUUCUUAACAUUCAUGUGCUUUUGUGUUCUUUUAUUUUACAAACAAUACACCUGGUGUCAUUAGAUACCACGCUUUUUAGUCACGUUGCUUAUUACUUAAAUUAGAAAACAAUAUAUAUAAAUUUUAACUUACAAUAAGUUAUUUUACAUCAAGUCGUGGAGUUUGAAAGUCAUUUCAUUAAGUAAAAACUGGGCAACCCGGAUAUCGUUUGGAUCGUUUUAGUCUUGAUAUAAAAAUCACCAAAAACCUCCAGAACGCAAAUACGAGACCAUCAUAAUAAGGAGAGCGAUCUAGGUGAAUUAACCCUCUCAUUUUGCUUUAAGAUAUGUUUAUAUUUGGAAUUGAAUGGCAGAUGCUCGCAUGUUUCAAUAAUACAGCAUAGUGAACAAUACAAAAUGUUCAUCCGUUUUAACGAUUUCAAGAAUGGACGAAUGGCGAUAACAUGUUUGCAUUUACUAAUUGGAACGUUAAGGUUGUUUAUUUACAUGAUAUUUACUGUGAACAUUGUAAAUACCUGUAUAAGUCACUGUAUUGUAAAUGUUUUUUUUAAAGUAUGCGUAUUUUAUCAGAGCAAUG